GCUCCCAGACGCCGCGAGCUCAACACGGAGGAACCUCGACCGUUUCAGGUGUAUCUGUCUGCAACUGACCAUGAAGGCUGUAGCACUCGUCCUCGCCCUGGCUGUCCUCACUGGCUGCAACGCCCGUGUGGUGCGCCAGGCCGACGCCACCCCAGACCAAUGGGUGGAGACCGUGGACCGCUUCUGGCAGUACGUCUCCGAGCUGAACCAGAAGGCCGAUGGAGUCGUGCAGACCAUCAAGACCUCGCAGCUCAACCGAGAGCUCGACACCCUGAUCACAGACACCAUGGCCGAACUGACGGCGUACAAGGACGACAUCCAGGAAAAGCUGAGUCCCUUCGCCGCCGAAGCCACCGGCCAGCUGGCCACUGACCUGCUGCUGCUGGGCAACCGGCUGGAGAAGGACAUGCUGGACGCCAAGGAGCGGAGCGGCAACUACCUGACCGAGCUCAGGACCAUGGUGGAGCAGAACUCCGGCGAUGUCCGAGGCCGCAUCAGCGCCUUCACCCGCAAGCUGAAGAAGCGCCUCAGCAAGGACACCGACGACAUCCGCAACAUUGUGGCCACCUACCUGGGCGAGAUCCAGUCCCGCACCUCCCAGAACCUGGACACCGUGAGGCUGCGCGUGGAGCCCUACGUCCAGCAGGCCGGUGAAACCGCCUCCCAGAGGAUGAGCGACCUCUCCAUCGUGCUGAAGAGCCAAGCCCAAGGUCUGGGCCAGCAGCUGGAGACCCAGGCCGAGGGCCUCAGGACCCAGCUGGAGGCCACCGCCGAGGAGCUGCGCACCUCCCUGGAGGGGAAGAUCGACGAGCUGACCGAGCUCUUCGCCCCGCUUGCCGCCCAGAUCCGCGAGAAGUUCGACACCAUGGUCGAGACGGUCAAGGGGACCGCCUCGGCUUAAUGAGUGACACUUUGAGGGGAAGCUGGAUGCGAUGGUCUUCGAGACCUGGGAAGGAGAAGGAGGAAGUUGAGAGUUACUGAUUCCAUCGUCACUUUGUUGCUCUCCGGCGUUCAGUUCAGUUGAGAGUGUUUGUUAUGCUUGUAAAUAAACAUUCACCGAGUGGGCCUUACUCUAAUGCACCAAAAAUGCCUCUCAUUUAAAUCAACACUUUUUCCCCCCAGUCCAAGACUCUACGGGGAUUGGAUGCAAUAAUGACAAUCAGCCGCUAGGUAGCGCUGCCUCGCUUGUUGUUGCUUGUAACCCAUACAGCGUGUCACAUGAUUGUACUGCUGCUGCUCUCUGUGACAAAUGAAUAAAGACGUCAGAAAACA